AUGGCCAAAUUUAACGCGGACGUUUCCUCUUCCCGCCGCAAGAGCCGAAAGGCUCACUUUGACGCAUCUUCUGGCCUACGUAGGAAGAUCAUGUCUGCUUCGCUCUCGAAGGAGCUUCGCGGAAGAUACAACGUCCGCGCUCUCCCUGUUCGCAAGGACGACGAAGUCUUGAUUGUACGCGGAAAGUACAAGGGGCGAGAUGGAAAGAUCAUCCAAGUUUACAGGAAGAAAUGGGUCAUUCACGUUGAUCGUGUCCACCGCGACAAGUCGAACGGCUCCACUGCUCCCAUUGGCAUCCACCCGAGCAAUGUUGUCAUUCAGACGCUCAAGCUCGAUAAAGACCGUCGGGCUAUCCUCGAACGCAAGGACAGGAAGCGCACACCUGGUGAGAAGAAGGAAGAGGCCGAGACUGCAUGA